AUGACGGCUGUCACCUUUAAACAUAACCUCAAAAUUACAUUAGAAAUUAGAUAAUUUUUUAGGGUUGAAUUUAAACCAAAGACAGCUUUAAGGGUAUUGUUUCUUUCAAGCAAAUUUUGCUUUGAUCGAACAGCAAGAUUUCAAUAACGUACACCCUAAAAUAAAAAGGGAGCACACUGCAAAUUAUCACAGGAAAUGUCUGAACAUCAAGGCGUUUCACAAAAACGAUGGGGUCACUUAAGAAAAGUGCUGGAACGCCCCGGUCCCUUCAGUCACCCAGAUUUUGAACCGUCAUCCGAAAUUCUCGAUUUUAUUAUGACAACGUGCAAGUUAUUGGUUAUCGGAGCGGGAGGUUUAGGAUGCGAAUUACUAAAGGAUUUGGCAUUAAUGGGCUUUAAACAAAUUCACGUUAUCGAUAUGGACACGAUCGAACUAUCGAAUUUAAACAGACAGUUUUUAUUCCGUCAAGAAGAUAUUGGUUCUUCUAAAGCCGAGGUUGCGGCAUCUUUUAUUAAUAGAAAAGUAAAAGGGUGUCAAGUGACCCCUCAUUUUUGUAAAAUUCAGGAUUACGAUGAAACGUUUUACAGGCAAUUUCACUUGGUAGUUUGUGGGUUAGAUUCAAUAGUGGCACGACGUUGGAUUAAUGGAAUGUUGAUUUCACUAUUAAAUUAUGAAGACGGGACAUUAGAUCAAACGAGUAUUAUACCUAUGAUUGAUGGAGGAACGGAGGGCUUUAAAGGUCAUGCUAGAGUAAUUUUACCUGGAGUUAGUGCUUGUAUAGAUUGCACCUUGGACUUGUAUCCUCCACAAAUUACUUAUCCUCUAUGCACAAUUGCCAAUACUCCUCGCUUGCCAGAGCAUUGUAUUGAAUAUGUGAAAAUAAUUCAGUGGCCUAAAGAAAAUCCUUGGGGAUCUCUAAUUGAUGGGGACGAUCCCCAACAUAUAUUAUGGAUUUAUGAAAAAUCGUUGGAGAGAUCUACUCAAUUUAAUAUAGUAGGGGUUACUUAUAGGCUCGUGCAAGGAGUUGUAAAAAAUAUUAUCCCCGCUGUGGCUUCAACAAAUGCGGUUAUAGCUGCAAUGUGUGCAACUGAGGUUUUUAAAUUAGCAACAAGCUGUUGCGUACCUCUCAAUAAUUACCUAGUUUUUAACGAUGUGGACGGCAUUUACACGUACACAUUUGAGGCAGAGAAAAAAGAAAACUGUUUGGCAUGCUCCCAGAUACCUCAAACAUUAUUGAUACAAGACCCGGAACAAAUGAAGCUUAAAAAUCUGCUCGAUGUAUUUUGCGAAAGCGCAGCUUAUCAAAUGAAAAAUCCAGGACUCACGACGUAUAUUAACGGAAAAAAUAAAACUUUAUACAUUUCUACAAUUAAAAACAUUGAAGAAAAGACUCGGGAAAAUUUAACUAAAACCUUGUUAGAAUUAGGAUUACAAGAUGGAUCUGAAAUAAUGGUCGCGGAUCUAACUUCUCCCAAUGUUCUCUCUGUCCGUUUGAAAUUUGCUAGCAAAAAUGUUGAUACUUGAAAAUAUUUUCAAAUAAAAUGUUAAAUGAAA